UCCUAGCAAUGAAUAAUGUCUGGGUAUCGUGAUAAGCCUGCGUAAAAUUUAUAGUUUUAGUUAACUAUAAAACAAAACAAAACGAGAAAAGCAUGAAGUACAUUUCAAUUACUUUGAUUUUGUCACUUAUUUUUGCGGGAUAUGUAAUUAAUACUAUUUGGACAUUAGCCGAAAUUUUUAUUCCACCGGAAUGUAGUCGUGGCGAAAGAUGUUUUUCAAAUUAUUUAGCAUCAAAUCCCGUACAGCAUCUAGUAUUAUACACUUCCGUUAAGGAGUAUCCUUAUAGAAAUGGAAUCUAUGAGGCAUCUGUAAAUAAAGUACAUACUUCCUUAAAGUUUGAUUAUCGGAAUGAAGCAACCGUGGUGGUGACACUGAAAAUACCUCGUAAGACCCGUAACAAUGGAACAUUUUAUAUGCAUGCAGUUUUAUUAGAUGAAAAACGGCUUUACGACGAUUUUAUUGACAUAUUUCGUACAGAGUCCGUUCACACAUUACCUCUAGUAACACACAUUGAACCACAAGCCGCUACAUUUAAUCUUCUACAGUCCAAUGAUGAAGGAAAAAAACAAAACACAGAAAAAAAGCUUAAACCAUACUCACACAUAGCUACAGUUGCACCAUUAGCAAUUUUAACUGACAACUUAAAUUUACCUGUUCAUAAAAUACCUGCUGAAUUAUAUCCUUAUAUGAGAGUACGAGGUGAAAAAUUCCUUCCUAUAAUACAGCAUAAUGUUUUAAAAUCCCGAAUUUCCCAUUUGCAACUGCUGAACAGCAGCACACCGGAAGUUAAUGUAACUGUCACUGUAGCUCCGGCUACAUAUGGUUCUCUGCGCCUGGCAUUGCAUGUGCGACUUGCAUUGGAACAACUACAUGGCUUGGGUUUCAGCAAUAAAGAUGUUGAUGAUGUUAAAGGAAUAUUUGCUGACACCAAUCUUUAUUUACUAUCUGCAACAGUUUUAAUUGCUAGCUGUCAUUUAUUAUUUGACUUUCUGGCAUUCAAGAAUGAUGUGUCCUUUUGGAAGCGAAAGCGGUCGCUGGCUGGUCUCUCUGCUCGGACCGUUAUUUGGCGUGCUUUCUCACAAUUAGUCAUUUUCUUUUAUCUGCUAGAUGAACAAACUUCAUUAUUAGUUCUCGUUCCCGCCGGUAUCAGUGCAGUAAUAGAGGCGUGGAAGGUGAGUGUGGUGCUGCACGUGCGCGUGGCGCGCGAGGGCUGGCGGCUGCGCGUGUGGCGCGCGCGCGCGGACGCGGCCGAGCGCAGCACGGCGCGCGCCGACCGCGAGGCCAUGCGCUACCUCUCGCUGCUGCUCUACCCGCUGUGCGGCGCCGGCGCGCUAUACUCGCUGCUCUACGAGCCGCACCGCGGCUGGUACUCGUGGGCACUGACGAGCGUGGUGAACGGCGUGUACGCGUUCGGGUUCCUGCUGAUGCUGCCGCAGCUGUUCGUGAACUACCGGCUGCGCUCGGUGGCGGCGCUGCCGUGGCGCGCCUUCAUGUACAAGGCCUUCAACACGUUCAUCGACGACGUGUUCGCCUUCAUCAUCACCAUGCCCACCGCGCACCGCGUGGCCUGCUUCCGCGACGACCUCGUCUUCCUCGUCUACUUGUACCAAAGAUGGUUAUAUCCCGUAGACAAGACCCGAACCGACACCGCUGCCAGCAUGGACGAGAACCCCGAGGAGCUGGAGCCCAUAAAACAGAAAGAUGACUGAUGAAGUAUAUUCUAAUUAGUAUACAUAAUAUUACAUAAUUAUUAUUAUUUUAGAAAAUUCAACGAGGCUAUGGUGCUAUGCUAUGCGCAUUUAACGAUUAAGUGUACGUCCUGAGGUUCGACGCACCGCGCCCGCAACGCGCCCGCAACGCGCCCGCAACGCGCCCGUACCGCGCCCGCACUGAUUGCACCACGCGGGCGGUGCGACAACGCUCAGGACGCACACUAAGAGAGAGCACUGUUGCAUAUCAUUUAUAUGUCCGGGGGCAAAAACUUACCCAUUGAUGAUAUCAUCGUUGAAAUAAAAAAGAAAUUUUUUUUCAUUUCUCUAGAGAUUAAACAAAUAAUGAAAAUUUAAAUUUAUUGUAUAAUAAUUACAUUGUUUUUGUAAGCAAGAAAAGUUGGUGGUUUCCAAAAGAAUAGUUAACACCUCCGAUAUGGCGGCGGGGAAUUAAUCUACCCAACAAAACAAUUUCCAAGGAGGCUUGCCCUUAAAAUUGCUCUAUACAUUUUCUUGUUUAAUAAUCACCUGCGCCGAACCCGAAUAUAACAAAUAUCGAUAUAGAGUUGUAAUCAUAUGAAAAUAUCUUUACAACAAGAGGCAGCAUGUUUUAUUUCUGAUUGGUAUUUUUGCAAUAUUUUUUUUUUAUUUCUUCUACAAUAAAUUAAACCAAGUUUUACGUGUUAAGGUACAUUUAAAAUUGUUAUUAUUUUUUUUCAUGACAAUUGUAUCGAUAUUUGAAAAUAUCAACGGUAAUUAUGACAGCCAAUGUCGUGAAAAACAAAAAACAGUUUUAAUGUAUACGGAACCCACGUGGCGAUAUAAAUGAUAAGUAAAGUACUCGGAUAAUAUUCACUUAAUCUUCAUAUUUUAUUAUUAUUCCAUACUUACAUAAUUAGAUAUAUUGUAUUUCGAGAACAAUUAUUUGUUCGAAAAACGAAUUUAUUUUUAAAUUGACUGACGAACGUUUUAUCUAAACUGACAAAUAAAUAUGGCAACAUUCACCGAAUACAAUGAUGUAUGACUUUAAAUGUUCCUUUUUAUUGGCUCUCGAGGCUUUACAUUAGUAUAAUUGUUGUGUUUAUUUCAAAAAUAUACAUACUUAAUUUAUUUGAAUAGAAUAAUUUUAAUCAUAAAUGAAAUGUUUAAAUAUGAUUUUUUGUAAUUAUUUUUUUGUUGUGUCUGUGUUGUACUAUGUCCCAGUAUAAACUUUAUGUGGAAUAUAUUUAUUUCAAAUUUAUCUUAAAAAUAUUCAAAACAGAGGAAAUAUAAAGACUUAGAACUGCUUGAACUAGAAAUGAUUUUUUUUGCAAAAAAAACGGCCUGCUCUCUUAGAGAAAAAUGCUACAACUAUUAAUUUGCAGCGGUGUACUAUAAGCAGCUUUGUUGUAAUUUUUUUGGUAUUAUAAUUGUUUUUAUUAUAAAUUCCAAACGUGGCUGAUACACAUUAGUAUUUUUUGAUUCGUUUUUUAAUAGAAUUUUGUCCGUUUUUUUAUUUAUUUUAAAUUAUUAUUUGAAAUUAGACAGCACUACUGGUGUUUAGAAGUUGUAGCAUUUAAGUGAUGCAAUUUAAAAUAUUCAUUCCAAGUAGUCAAUUGUGGUUGUUGUUGUUUUGUUAAUAUGUUUUUACUAGAUCUAAAUAUAAUGUUGUUCUUUUGUAAUUUAAUGAAAAACUGUCUCUCCAUAUGUUAAUGAUACGUGUGUAUUUGAUUAAUAUAAUAGUAGUUGUUUUUCUUUACCAUCAGUUGAAUGUAUUUUUGUU